GUUUAGACAUUAUUACACUUCCCUCGAAAAGACAUAUCCUCUCCCUAGGUUCUUCCUUCCUGUCCUUCAUCGGACUUUAGCCUAGCACUACUCUAAGGUACUAGGAGGGCAAGUCCUUUUGUACCGGCACUGUAUACUUUGUCAUCUCGGCAUGCAAAACUCUCCUCAAGAAGAUUGUAGCAUGGAGAGAGCAAACACAUCCUUAGCGAGAACCAAAUCAGAACAAUUGGCUGAGACAGUGGAGGCAGCGUUUAAAUCUCCCAUGAACAACGAUGGGGUUUCCGAAGGCGGCAGCGGCGGGACACUCUCAGGUAAGUCCAGCAAGAGGCUAACGACGGCAGCCUCACCGGGACGUACCACUUCGGGUGGUAACAAAAAUACACACAUUAGGAAGUCAAGGAGUGCACAGAUGAAGUUUGAAUUGGAUGACGUCAACAGUGGAGCAGCUCUAAGCCGGGCCUCUAGUGCCAGCCUGGGCUUCUCUUUCUCCUUCACUGGCUUCAACAUGCCACCUGAUGAAAUAGCUGACUCCAUGCCGUUUAGUGAUGAUGAUAUACCGGAGGAUCUUGAAGCCGGAAUGCGUAAGCAGAAAUUUCAAACUGAACCCUCCUUGCCAAUUUACCUGAAGUUCAGAGAUGUUACAUACAAGGUGAUCAUCAAAGGAAUGACCUCAACCGAGGAAAAGGAUAUCUUGAAUGGGAUCAGUGGUUCGGUGGAUCCAGGGGAAGUUUUGGCUCUUAUGGGACCUUCAGGAAGUGGAAAAACAACACUUCUGAAUCUGCUUGGCGGCAGGUUAAAUCAGCCCACUGUCGGUGGUUCAAUCACUUACAAUGACGGACCAUACUCCAAGUUCUUAAAAAGUAGGAUAGGAUUCGUGACACAAGACGACAUUCUGUUUCCUCACCUUACAGUGAAAGAAACAUUGACAUAUGCAGCCCUCCUUCGAUUGCCAAAGACAUUGACAAAACAACAGAAGCAAAAACGAGCCAUGGACGUCAUCUAUGAGCUAGGCUUAGAGAGGUGCCAAGACACCGUGAUUGGUGGCUCAUUUGUGCGUGGAGUGUCAGGUGGGGAGAGGAAAAGAGUUUGCAUUGGCAAUGAGAUUAUAAUCAACCCUUCAAUCUUGUUUCUUGAUGAACCAACCUCGGGCUUGGAUUCUACAACUGCUUUAAAGACAGUGCAGCUGUUACAAGAUAUGGCAGAGGGUGGGAAAACAGUGGUGACAACUAUCCACCAGCCAUCUAGUAGACUCUUCCACAAAUUUGACAAGUUGAUUCUUCUUGGGAAAGGGAGUUUGCUUUAUUUUGGAAAAUCAUCAGAAGCAAUGCUGUACUUCUCAUCUAUAGGUUGCAACCCGCUUAUUGCCAUGAACCCUGCAGAGUUCUUGCUAGACCUUGCAAAUGGCAAUAUAAAUGAUGUUUCUGUCCCAUCUGAAUUGGACGAUAAAGUGCAAAUAGUGAAUUCAGAUGCAGGAAAAAGAAACGGGAAGCCUUCUCCUGCAGUUGUUCAUGAGUACCUCGUGGAGGCCUAUGAGACACGAGUUGCGGUCAAAGAGAAGAAGAAACUAAUGGUUCCUAUACCCCUUGAUGAAGAAGUGAAGGCAAAAGUGUCUUCUCUGAAACGACAAUGGGGGGCAAGCUGGUGGCAACAAUAUACCAUUUUGUUCUGCAGGGGAAUCAAAGAAAGGCGGCACGACUAUUUUAGCUGGUUGAGAAUCACCCAAGUUCUCUCUACUGCAAUUAUCUUGGGAUUACUAUGGUGGAAUUCAGAUACUAAUAGCCUCAAAGGUCUUCAAGAUCAGGCAGGGCUGCUGUUCUUCAUUGCGGUUUUCUGGGGAUUUUUUCCUGUAUUCACAGCAAUCUUCACAUUUCCCCAAGAAAGAGCCAUGUUGAGUAAAGAACGGGCAGCUGACAUGUACAGACUAAGUGCAUAUUUCUUGGCAAGGACUACAAGCGACCUUCCACUUGAUCUAGUACUACCAGUACUUUUCCUUCUCGUCGUCUACUUCAUGGCAGGCUUGCGAAUGAGUGCUGCUCCAUUUUUCCUAACCAUGCUCACGGUUUUUCUCAGCAUUAUUGCUGCUCAGGGACUCGGACUAGCUAUUGGGGCUACCCUGAUGGACUUAAAGAGGGCCACAACUCUAGCUUCAGUUACUGUGAUGACCUUCAUGCUGGCUGGAGGGUAUUUUGUAAAGAUUCGCACCACAUGACACAUAUUGCUGACAUUGAUUGACCGAUAGAAAAGGACUACUCAAUAACGUCUACAAUCAAUAUUGAAGUUUCAGAGCAUGUCAUCUAGAGUGGAGUUCAUUACUUCACUAAUUGAUAACUCUCUCCCAGAAUUAGUAUUGAUUCAACUUUUUCUCACCUAAACGCAAAGAAUGGUCACAAAUGGUCUUCGAUUUUGCAGAGAGUUCCAGUAUUUGUAUCUUGGAUCCGCUAUCUGUCUUUCAACUACCACACCUAUAAGCUUCUCCUCAAGGUUCAAUAUAAACACAUGACACCAGUUUUAAAUGGAAUGAGAAUAGACAGUGGCUUGACGGAAGUUAGUGCCCUGGUGGCAAUGGUUUUUGGCUACCGUCUCUUGGCUUAUAUUUCCUUGCGGAGAAUGAAGCUUUGUGCGCAGUAAGCAAUAUUAUUCAGUGCGCAUUAUCGACAGUUAACUUCCACGUUUGACUUCAAAGAUCUAUUCCAAGAAAACUUGGGUUCCACGGAUCAGAGAAAGGGAUAUAAGCAAGUUAUCAUAUUUCAGCUCCAUGAAGAUUUUUGGAUGGAAAAAGCCUCAACGACGAUAUUUAUGCAGUAUCUUAGGCAUGUAAGUUGAUUUUUCCGCGAGGAGAAUUCCUAGAAAUGCAAUCACGUUAUAAGAAGCUCGCACUCACAAGCUCGUAUCUUUUAUAUUAAAAUGGAGUGAUGUAAUAAUAAUUGUCAGACAUACCUACCUAUGACUAAUGCAUAUCUAUUGGAAUUAGCGACUUCUAAAA